CACAUCUAUAUGAAUUUUUACCUGACAGUGAAAUUGAAACAUUUAUUUUCUUCUCUCAUUUCUCACAGUCUUGGAUUUUGAGUUUUAUUGUUGGUGGUUUGUUUUGUUUCAUUUAUUAUUUGUUUGGUUUUUAUUUUGCUAAUAAAAUUCUUCUAUGAAGAUUUAGAGUGGAGUGGAAGAAAGGAGUACUGAGAACUUACCUGCAUUUGCUUAGCUAUUUAAUAUGCUCAUGCCUGCCUGCUCUUUCAGAAGACUACUACAAUGACAGAUCCUUCAGUGGUGGAUUGUGUGGCCCAGCUAAAAUUCAAACUCCUAGAAAAGAGAUUAGAAAACGAACAGAAGAACCUAGAGAAGAUGGAGUCACCUCUUCCUACAGCAAGCAACAGACGUGAGGAUAUGCUUCAAAGUGCCUUGAAGAAAAGGAAAAAUCUCCUGCAGGAGCUUAAGGAGCAGCACCUUCUGGAGGAGCUGUCACAGCCUUCUGCACCAGCUGGGGGACAGUAUAAGAACUACAGUGCUGGUCUCCCGCGCAUCUACCAGAUACCUUUUCCAGCAUCUCGAGCUGAAACACCAAGGAUUAUCCAACAGGCGGUAAGGAUUGUCACUCCUAGGAAACACUGGACAAAAUCUGCACUGACUUCUCCAUUUUCUUUUCUUAUCCAGAUGCCUCCUCAGCCUGCCACGAUCAUCCAGCAGCUCCCACAGCCACCCCCACUGAUAGCACAGAUCCCCACUGCCCAGCCCUUUGCACAUCCUCGCUCUGGAAGCAUUAAAGAAGAUAUGGUGGAGAUGAUGCUGAUGCAGAAUGCACAGAUGCAUCAGAUCAUCAUGCAGAACAUGAUGCUGAAGUCUCUCCCAUCGAUGGCGUUUGCACAGCCAGCCAGACCCAGCUACCCACUGCUUCAGCACACACAGCAGGACCUGCAGCUCACUGCUCCUGUGGCUGUGAAAGCAGAUCGUCCCUGGCUGUCUGCAGUACAUCACCACCACCACUACUCUCCCCCGGGGCUGGCCCUCCGUGCCAUGCCUGCUGGGCUCCCAGUGCCAGGUGAGGGACUGCCGCCUGCAUCCUCAGCCCAGCAUUGGACCAGCAGCGUGCUCCCAGCUAUGCAGAUGUGGCCCACCUACUGACAGCAUGUGUUCCUCUGAAGGUGGACAAUUGCAUCACUGAGUUCAACCUGCUUUUGAGCUGUUCCUAAAUAAUCUGAUGGUCUGUGCAUCUGCAAAUCAUCCAUACAGUAAAUGAGCAUAGAAAGACUGGAGAUCGACAGAACAAAUGUACCACAGGCCUGUAGUCUGCUCACCCCUUUCUGCCAGUGCAGCUGCUUCCUCUCAUAUGCCAAACCCAGAGCAACAGCAGCACCUCUCUUUUGCCUCUUUCGAAAGAACCAAGACAUCUUGUCCCAGAGAGCCUCACAGUGGCCCUGGGACGUGAAAUAAAUAUAACACUAGUAUUGUCUAAACUAUUGCAAAUGAGUAUGGCUCACCUUCAGGACUGAGUCCUUUCAUGUGUACUUUGGAGAAAUGCUCCUUUGCAGCCCUCAUGGGGGCUAAUGCAGACUAACCCAGACUUCAUGAAUGGAGCUCAGUUGCCAAAGCUCAUUAACCAAAGUGUUCCUCCUGUAUUGGGCUUGCAUGGCAAGGUUUUGGUAGCAGGAGGGCUGUAGAGUUAUCUUUGAGAAGAGCCCAAGAGCAUGUCAUUUUUUGGUAAAGGGCAGCGCUCUACCCUAAUUGCUUUACAUGGGCUGACAGGGAUUGUAGUAUUUGAAUAAAUAAUUUUCAGUAGGGAAAAGAAGAAAUAAAGUAGCUCCUGCAGUCAUCGCAUCUGAUCAUCUCAGUGGAACAUCACUACCCUAAUAUCUGCAAUGUUCUGCCCCAGGAAGUCUCUCUCAGUCUCUUCUGAGCCUCACAUUCGUGAUGCUACCCAAGUUUUUCUUUUCAAAGAGCUGUUGGAGGGUGGCUUCAGCAGCCUGAACUUGUGUAUAUUUCUGUAUUUCUCAAUCUUUCUCUUGCAUUAUCAGGGUUUCACCUUGGGGGAAAAAAAUGAAAAAUAAUUUAAAAAAAGAUUCCCAAGGUCCUUCCUUGAAUAUUGGCAUGUUUUUGCUUGUUUGUUUGUUUGUUUUCCUAAGGAACAUAAA